AUGAGGAAGGGCCGCGGUAUGUGUAUAGCCUCGGCCAUAGUCGUAGAUGGCGACGAUAAGAGGGUCGCGGCUGAGAGGAAACGGGUUGCCGAAGUGAUGGCUAAGGAGUCUUUACAGGGCUUUGCAGAUGUCGUUGUAGCACCAUCAUUUGGGGAGGGUGCAUCGUAUGCAGUGCAAUUGGCUGGAAUUGGAGGUCUACGGCCCAACUCGGUCCUCUUGUCCUGGCCCUCGGACUGGCAGGGCCAUCCUGAUGCUGCAUAUGAGUUCGUACGGCUACUACAGUUUGCCACCAACACAGGGAAGGCGAUCAUGUGUGUUAAGAACAUAUCGUUUAUGCCUGUGGGGGAAAGGGCCAUACCUAUGAACGGCACGAUAGAUGUAUGGUGGAUGAUCCAUGAUGGAGGCUUCCUACUACUAUGUGCUCACUUCCUCAAACAGCAUAAAGUGUGGAGAGGAUGCCAGGUUAGGGUCUUGCUGGUCAUGGAGCACGCGGACGAUGAGGCAACAGAAACUGCCAAGAGUAAUUUGAGGAAAUUGCUGAGGGCUCAUAAAUUACUAGAUGAUGUCGUGAUUGAGGUCGUGGUCUUAAACGAUGAUGCUAUGAUAGAACCUUAUACCUAUGAUUGGACGAUUAAGGUCACCAACAGAGGGGAGGACUUUGCGGCCAAUGAGAUGGGCUUCAAGAGA